AUGGCAACACACGCGUGUCUGUCUACAACUGACCAGCCAGACUACAAGGCUCAAGGCUAUUCGAGACAGACUUUUCUGGUAGCUUGGGCCAGAACUGUACCACUGGUGUUUCUGGCUUUCUCCACGGUUGUGUUCAACUUGAUGAUUCUGUGGAUGUUCAAAGUGAAGAGGUCUUUGAGAAGUUGCAAGAAUAUUUACCUUGCCAGUUUGGCUAUCGCCGACUUGUUAAUUGGCCUAUGUAUGUUCCUGGCAAUAGUACAACAGUUGAAAGGUCACGUAAAAUGGCUGCCGAUGUUUUCUUGUCGUCUGUACUUGGUACUACGACAAUCUGCGCUGUACGUAUCGCUUCUAAGUCUGGUUCUAAUUACGGGAGACCGGUGGUGGUCUAUCCACUAUCCGUUCUCGUACAGAUCCAAGCGGAGCACCAGGAACGCUUUUGUGGCUGUAGGUUGUGUGUGGGUAUUUGCUUUUGCUCUUCACGUUCCUCCGGUGACUUUGUGGGAUUUGAACAAAACAUUUGAAAGUUCUAAUCUGACAGCUGCAGAUUUCAACCUCGAAGACCAGGCUUUGAUUACCUGUGAGCUGCCGUUUGUAGACAGCGUCCUGUUCGUAUCAAUAGUUUCUGCCGUGAUCUACUUCAUACCCUUAAUGGCAGUGCUUAGUCUCAACUGCAGCCUUUACGUCGGCAUUCUCCAGAGGAAACGGGUUCAAAUCCGACGAUCAGUCUCCGCUUCUGAUAAAUUGACAUGGCUGGAUAGACGCACUUCCGUUUCCUCUAUUCCUGAUUUUGCGUCAAUGACAGACGAGAAUAUGCAUCUUCUAAACGGCACGAACUCCAGACGAGGGCAGAUGCGGUUAAAUUCGAAGAGAAGGAAUUCUGCAGAUGUGGUUCUUCUCAGGUCGUCGGCACCUUCGCCAUUGUUUAACAACAUGAACUCGGGCAGAAGGUUCAGCUGGGCGCCAAGGAAGAAUUACCUGGUGCGACCAAGUAAAUGCGGAGAGGAACUGGCCAAAAAUCUGUUGGUUAAACAGGAUAGGAAAGCUGCUUUUUGGCUUGGUCUUUUGGUUGCGGUGUUUCUUGUAUGCUGGCUACCCCAUACCAUUGUUGGAAUACUGCAGUCUGGUAAACAAGCCAAUGUGCCACAGUGGACUAAAGAUGUGACAUUUUGGCUUCUUUUAGCCAACUCGGCAAUUAAUCCAUUGAUGUAUGGACUGUUUAACAGAGAAAUCAGGCGGGCGUUUAAACAGUGGCUGUGUGGGGGGUCUGGCCGAAAGUGGAGGGCAAGGAAUGCCUUGCUUCUGUACGGUGUGAGUUUGACAACGGCGGUUGCUGUCCCAAAGAGGAUUUCCUCCUUUGAAGCUGUGCCUGAAUAA